AUGAUUGAGUCGCUCGUCACGGCGUUUCGCAUUGCGCUCGGCCUCACCCUGGUCAUGCUCGCAAAGACAAUCCAAUUUUUCAAGGGACAGUAUUGGGGGUUGUACGCCCAGGUGUGGGAUGUGCAAGUGCAUAUCAUGAACACCCUUUCGCCUGAGCGCGAUCCACGACGGGUUAUCCCUACCGGGAAGCCUGGUGCAGGUGGAGACUGGGAUAAGUAUGUUUACAUGCCCCGUCGAGUCCGACUCGAGGUCCCCAUGCCCGGCUCUCAAUACCCUGUGCAACCACGGAAUCUCAAGUUUACAGAACUUCAACCUAUUCUUGCAGAUGCCUAUAAUCUGUCGCCAAGCUUAACCUUUGGGUUGUUGAAUAUCAUCGCCAAGAUGUUCGAGAAAGAUUAUUUCCACGACUCUGUCGACUUGGAGCUCUUUGGUACUCACAAUGUCAUUGAACACGAUGCAUCCUUUGCUCGACAUGAUAACUACAUUCAACCUGACCAGAGUGUUCCCUCGGUAGAUCUGAUCAAGGCAUUCCUCUCAUCUGCAACUGGUGCCGCUGUCGUUGGUCAUCAGCGUGUCAGGAUCAUUACGCCCGCGGACAUUUCCGCUUUUCUUCGCCAACGCCAGGUCGAAUGCCAAAAAUUGAAUCCUCAGUACAGCCUCAAAUUUGUUCACAAAGCAUUCUCUUCCAACAAUAGCGCCAUCAUGUACGACACGUUUGGUGGAAGAGUCGAUGACCUCAGGACCUGGCUCACCGAGGAGCGUUUCCCUCAAGGAUGGCAACCGCGUUAUACAAAGCGCUACGGUUAUACGAUGAUGGCGUUAAACCUGCGGAGCAUCCAGAUUGCCCUCUGGGCUCAGCCACCACCAUUUGUGGUGCCUCCUCGUCGACCCGUUUCCAAUGGUCUCUACUCGACGUAA